CAUCGCAUUGGAUCACCUCACUAUUCUUGUGAAUUACAACAUUAAUACCCUUUUAAUGACGAAGUACGAGAAGUACUAAUUAACCAAGAUUAAAUCCAAAAAGACCCUACGAAAAAACCCCCAAAACUAAGCAACCAGCAACCAGCAACCAGCAUGGCGUUCGAGCAACCGAAUUCGAAUCGGAAUUCCGAUCCCAACCUCGUCAAGAAACGCCGAAUCGGCAGCGGCGCCCACCAUCAUGGACACCGAGAUUGGAGAGAAGCCCCCUCCUUUUUAGAUGCCACGUCCUCCGUUGCUGUUUCCACCUUUGGCGCGAGGAGGUUGCCGGAGCUCCAGAACUUGUAUCAUUGCUACCUCGGAGACGGAGCGAGCAGCAGCGUCGACGCAACCCUCGAUAUCGUCCACGAAACACCAACACUACUCAGCGGGGGUGGGAAAACCUCAUCGAGGCAUUUACGGCGGCGAACGACGGCAGUUAAAAGCAGGAAGCAUCGCCACCGUUAUCCACGUUCACAUCGGCAUCGUAACGAGCAGGGAACUGUACAGAACCCACCGGAAUACAGGGGCACAACGCGAAAGAGCCGCCGUAAAAAGCGAUCCCUUUUGAUAAGGGAGCGGCAAAAAUGGCUAACCAAUAUUGCACACAACGACGAUCAAAAUGAGGACAACACAAAGGACGACAAACAUGGGAAGAAAAAGUGGCUUGUCACACACUUAUGGCAUGCAAAGCGCUUCCACACGCUUUCUACUGCCCCAACUAGGGCCAAGAACGGCGGCGGAAAAUCCGGCGAUGACAUGGAGGAAAACGAUGUCUUUGGUGGAUGGACAGGGAUUCCCCUGGUGCAUACCAAUCGUGGACCACGUGCGGCGCUGCGAUUGUCAAGGGAACAGCCAUUUACCGCCGCCGCAACUUCCCCAUCCGUUCUGAUAAGAGAUGUUACCUGGGAGGAGCAACCUACGAUCUUUCGAGCCGAGAUCUCUACAAGCGGGAGCGCAGAUUCAAAUGGGAACCCAAAAGAAUUUAGCUGGAGCGGUGUUUUCCAGCGCAUUAGCCGAAUCUGCCCCUGUUUGGUAUCGCUCCUGCAAAACGGACACGAGGAGCAACAAGCGGCCUUUUGCGAGGGUUCCCUUGCUGUCGACGGAUUCUUGCACGAAUUAGAUGCCUUUCCCGCAGGGGCCAUUGGUCCAACGACGUGGCGGAGGCUGUUGUUCCCAAACUACCAACACCACAACAAUAACCGUACCGCAGUAUUCAUUGAGGUUAGAUGCCACCCCUCGAUCCACACGGAACUCAUAAGGAUUGCAGAACAAUUGAUUCAGACUAGUGGUGACUGCGCCCUUCAGCUGUGCCGUGUCAGCAGCUACGGAGCUUCAAUCAGAACCUUAACGCCAAUGUCACCCAAGAUUUGUUUUCGGUUGUACGGGAUGGAAUCCACCACAGUUCUUGACCGAGUUUUAAAACCGAAGAGCGAUUCCCUCGAUUCGCUCAGGAGCCUUCUAAAACCUGAACACGGAGAAGGCAGAACGCCUUUUUCAGAGCCACUGCCCAACGGAACCGUGGUUCGCAUUGAGCAGGCAGAGAUUUCUAGCAGCGGUACCAUUGCGACGAAUGGUGUGACCCUAAUCUAUCGUGCACCGAGACCCCUUGACUGCUCCGCCAAUCGGGCCAUUUCGGGCUGGAGUGUAUACUGCAGUGACGGAGUCUUUGCUAGCGCCCUGUGGUUGGCACUGGUAACCUUUGACGACGGUGCUAGCACUCAUCGCCUCGAGUUGCAAGAAACUUCCACAACCGUUCGGGAUAUCGAUUCUUCGAACUGUGAGCUCCUGGAUCAAAGCCAACCCCAAAUAAAGAUUCGGGGCUGCUGUGCCAUUGGUCUGGUGGAAGACUCCCAUUUGAGGCUAGAGUGUGAACCACCGCUCCUUGUCUUUCCAAGAGAUAACGUCGACACGAAGGAAUCGCAGCGUUAUUGGAAGACAAAAUCAUCUUCGUUGCCCUCACCAUGGGAUCGCAUUAGGCAGCUGUACGAGGGGGGGUGGGGUCGCCUACCGAUCAACAAAGCAUGCCGACUCGACAAACUCUCGAUCAUCGAUUUUCGAGUUCUUGCCAACACUGUCGAUUGCAAUAAGAACGGUAUAGGCACUGGAUCGGAAGAUGGCGAUUUUACUACUGAUCAUGUAGUUGUGGUCCGAGGGGUUUUUGGUAAGCCCUUUCUGAACGCAAUUCAGGGAUGUUGCGGACGAUACGUGCCGAAUACACUGGUGGCUAUGGGCAAGGAAAAAGAAGAGGACCAUGAUCACCGUCGUCGAAAUCGUAGGAAAACACGUGCCGGAAAUCAGGUGAUUGUUCCACCACCAAUGUCCCGAGAUGACCGAACUUCUUUUGGAGAAAUGUGCCGUGGCCUGUCUUCCUCCUUGUCGCUUCCAGCGGUCCUUAUGGUGCACAUCCGCGCGAUGGGCAAGGGCACGAUUCGCUCCGGCAUGCAGAUUGUUUGUGCUGGAAUCUGCGACAGCGAGAGCGAUGUUUCUCUAGGAACCAUCACGACGGGUGGGUUUUCUACAAGUCGCGGAGUUGAUCACGGAAUCGGAGUGGUUGGUGCCACUCGACUCCUCGAAUACCUAGAUCGGUCCACGGGGACACUCUCGAAAGGUCUCGAUGCCGAUGGCAACAACAACAAUUGUACCGGCGACAAUCACAACAGCAACAGGAGAAUCUUCAAUUGCGGGAGGGUCGUGCCUAUGACCAAUGGUAUACAAUCGCUUCAACUUUUGGUUCGUGUCAAGAAUGGGCACCCUAGUGGCCAAGGAUCAAAAACUAUGGGAUGCGAUGCCUGUUUGUCAGCAAUACUUUGAAGAUAGCAACAGAUAUAUUUCAACGCAAGCAAAAGGAAGUUAUAAAUCACAUUAAUCUAUAGAAUUUUUCCCUGUAUAUUUUGGAUUGCCAUGUUGAAAAUGAAACUGGUAUUCGUCUGAAGAAAUUGUAUUCAUGCAAUUGAUCUGCAUCAAUUUUUUCACUCCUGCGUUGUGUCUACAAUUUCCCUACGGUCUUGGGAUUAGAGCAUCCUACACCACCCACCACAUCAUGCUUCUUUUUCAGCCAGAGGGUUUUUGGUCGAUUUCUUUUCGUCACUUUUUCGUCGCGUGAUCGAGUUUAUGACAAAAAAGAUUCCCAACACCAGGAGAGGAUGCCACCAUUCCAUGUCAAACAUUCCGCAUCCCAGUUUGGUGGCCAAUCUGUGUGCCAAGAAAGGGAGAAUUGCUCCCACCAUCACGUCGAAAAAGUGAUGCGCUAGAACAUACAUGCGACCAGUUCCCGCAAGGAUCACAAUAGUGGAUGCGAGGUGGGAAGGACGAUAAGCGUGGCUGACAUCAGAAGAAAUAUUGAAGAUAGACAAGGCAACCAUUGUCGCACACAAAACGUCACCAGAGGGGAAAGAUGCAUCUCCGUUGUAUUUGGCCAGCAAUUGGGUCAUUGCUGGAAAUUUUUUCUUUUGUGUCCAGUUUUCGCUUGUUCCUCUGCCGCAGCCUUCUGCAUUUUUUCGUUCGAUAUCCUUCAAGGCGGGGCGGCUGCGCUUGGAGGUGGAUUUCAUCCAAUUUAACAACGUGAUUAAGAUUGGCCAUAAAAACAACGGAUAAAUAGCCAUCGAAAAAAUGUUUUUCUUGUAUUCAGCACUACAGUUUGUUUCACUGCCCUGGUAGCUACUAUAUGGAAAGCCAUUUAAAAUAUAGGCUAGUACUGCGAUAUUGAAAGGGACCCCAAGAACAUAAACAUUACCAUUCCAGAAAGCAAUACCUGCAAGAUACUCGUGUCCACCAAUUUGCCAUAAUCCCCACAUCACAACGUAACCAACAGUUACGGAAAAAGUUAUGAUUUUCAAAAGAAAAAUGUUGUCUUCCAGCUCUGCUCCGCAAGUUUCUUUUUCGUCAUGCUGUCCCCACACUAAUGCCAACAAGGCUAUCCACACUGGACCCGCGACACUGGUGAAUGUGGUACCAAAGAAACAUGCGGGAAUCGAGUACCAAAAUUCGAACCAUUUGGGAAGUCCCAAGCGGAACAUCGGACCGGAAAUCCAUUCGUCAACCUCGUUGAGUAAGACCAGGCACGAGGCGAGACGGUUUUCAUCGCUUCUACUGCCUGGUGGAAUGAUUGCACUUUGGGUGGCGGGAGACGACAUUUUGUUCCAACUGUACUGAUUAGUUCGUUCUACAGCGAUUAUGCAUAGCACAAGAUAGUGGAUAGUAGAAAUGAAUGGAAAUAGAUUUUGUGACCAGAU